GAGCACCGUGGACCGACUGACUUACUGACCGACCGACGGAGGCACACACCGCUCCACCCCACCCCAUCCCGCCCCACCCCGCCUCGCCCGCAUCCCCGCGCCGGCGCCGCCUCCCUCCGGCUACUCCCUCGGCCACCCCUUCCUUCUGCACUUCUUUUCCGCCUCCGCCUCUUCUUGGCUCCCGCGGCGCCAGUGCCUUCCCCUGGCCCGGGCGGGGCGCCUCGGAUCUCGGCAGAGCUCCGUAGAGUCGGGCGGAACGUUUCGUUCUAGCAGAGAAGCAGCCCCUGCGCUGGGCGAGAGGUGCCGAGGGAGCUUCUCCCCGAGGACCGGGGGAUGCGAAGGGUUACCAAGAGAACUUACUGGAAACAGAUUCUUUUUGUUCCAAAGAUGUCUCCCACUCCAGGCAAGGAGCAGUCCUGGCUGAGCCAGCAUCUUAGGAACUGGCCAUGGAGAAUCAUCUUCCGUCUGGGCCUAACAAAACCACACUGCUCAUGGUGACAAAUUGAGUGAUUUCAAGAUUCCCUGCUGCGGGUCUCUUUCUCAGUCCUUUUGAGUUUGGCCUAAUCCAAGACAGAGGUUAUGAAGUCUAUCCUAGAUGGCCUUGCCGAUACCACCUUCCGCACCAUCACAACAGACCUCCUCUACGUGGGCUCCAAUGACAUUCAGUACGAAGAUAUCAAAAGUGACAUGGCAUCCAAAUUAGGGUACUUUCCACAGAAAUUUCCUUUAACUUCCUUUCGGGGAAGUCCCUUCCAAGAAAAGAUGACUGCAGGAGACAAUGCCCAGUUAGUCCCGGCAGACCAGGUGAACAUUACCGAGUUUUACAACAAGUCCCUUUCAUCCUACAAGGAGAAUGAGGAGAACAUCCAGUGUGGGGAGAAUUUCAUGGACAUGGAGUGCUUCAUGAUUCUGAACCCCAGCCAGCAGCUGGCCAUCGCUGUCUUGUCCCUCACGCUGGGCACAUUCACAGUCCUGGAGAACCUGCUGGUGCUGUGUGUCAUCCUCCACUCCCGCAGCCUCCGCUGCCGGCCCUCUUACCACUUCAUCGGCAGCCUGGCGGUGGCCGACCUCCUGGGGAGCGUCAUUUUUGUCUACAGCUUUGUUGACUUCCAUGUGUUCCACCGCAAAGAUAGCCCCAAUGUGUUUCUCUUCAAACUGGGUGGGGUCACUGCCUCCUUCACAGCCUCCGUAGGCAGCCUGUUCCUCACAGCCAUUGACAGGUACAUAUCUAUUCACAGGCCCCUGGCUUAUAAGAGGAUCGUCACCAGGCCCAAGGCCGUGGUGGCAUUUUGCCUGAUGUGGACCAUAGCGAUCGUGAUUGCCGUGCUGCCUCUCCUGGGCUGGAACUGCAAGAAACUGCAGUCCGUUUGCUCAGACAUUUUCCCACUCAUUGACGAAACCUACCUGAUGUUCUGGAUUGGGGUCACCAGCGUGCUGCUGCUGUUUAUCGUGUAUGCAUACAUGUAUAUUCUCUGGAAGGCUCACAGCCACGCGGUCCGCAUGAUUCAGCGCGGCACCCAGAAGAGCAUCAUCAUCCACACGUCAGAGGACGGCAAGGUGCAGGUGACGCGGCCCGACCAAGCCCGCAUGGACAUUCGGCUGGCCAAGACCCUGGUUCUGAUCCUUGUGGUUUUAAUCAUCUGCUGGGGCCCUCUGCUUGCAAUUAUGGUGUAUGAUGUCUUUGGGAAGAUGAACAAGCUGAUUAAGACGGUAUUCGCAUUCUGCAGUAUGCUCUGCCUGUUGAAUUCCACCGUGAACCCCAUCAUCUACGCUCUGAGGAGCAAGGACCUGAGACAUGCUUUCCGGAGUAUGUUUCCCUCGUGUGAAGGCACCGCACAGCCUCUUGAUAACAGCAUGGGGGACUCAGACUGCCUGCACAAACAUGCCAACGACACAGCCAGCGCUCACAGGGCUGCAGAGAGCUGCAUCAAGAGCACAGUCAAGAUUGCCAAGGUGACCAUGUCUGUGUCCACAGACACGUCCGCUGAGGCUCUGUGAGCCUGACGCCUUCCUGGCGGCACAGGAAAAGAAAUUCAUUUUUUUUUUUUUAAAGCUUAAAAUCUAGAAGAGUCUGUCGUCUCAUCGGUUAUAUUUUUUUAAGUUGACCACGCUCAGUGAAAGGUGAUUGUUACCAGGAUCGGUUAUCAGUUCUCUAGCAUUUCGAUAGUGUACUGAAACUCAGUUCUUCGGGGGUUUACAGUGAAGAAAGCCUGCUGCUGAUGUGGGGACCGAAGCUGCUUCAAAGUCUCAGUGAAAUAGGAGAGACACCUGCGGCUACACAGUCGGAACUCUAAGGACCCGUAGGAAAACACCAUCAAAUGAGUAAUGCCUUUGUAACCACAACUCUCGUUAUAAUGUGAAAUGUAUUUGUCCAUAAGUAUCAGAGAUGUCCAUUCUUACAAGUUACAGUACUAAAGUAGAACUCUUUUGUAAAAUGUAUCAUGUCAUGUGAGAUGCAUAUCAGUGUUUACUGUGUGUUAUUUAUAUUUGUCUAGUUGAGCAAAACUGAAAGGUAGACUUUCAUGAGAACAAUGGGACACAAGCGGCGGAUAUACACCAGUGAGACCACUUUUUAAAAAAUCAUUGCCCGUGACUAUAGGAACCUUAAUAUUUUUUCCAAUCUAUUUAAAUUUGACACUCGGAUAACCAUAAAGGUUUAUUUUUCUGUUGACACAACAAGAAGAAUUUGAAGACUGUCCAGAGUAUUGAGCAGAAUUCAUUGACACUUAAAAAUUUGUUAGCCCUGCAUUUUCAUACAUGGACAUUUAUUGUCUUCUGGACUAUGGCUGUUCUGUUGGGUGAUGGAUUACAAUCAGAACGGAAGAGAGAAGGCAUAUUGACUUUUACGGCUGACAUCUCUGACUUUCUUUAGUCUUUAGCUAUUACUAGACCCCUUAAGACAGCAUGUGUCAAUCUUAAUGUAUAUUGUUAUCACUGUGCAAUUACUGUUUACUUGAAGAGUACUGCAUUCUUAUGUCCCAGGUUUCAGUAGAUUUCAUGCCUGGGUGGCCAAAUGCGUCUUCAUUUUUUCUUAAUUGAAAAGAAGUAAAAUUAUACUGUGUG